UGGGGCAGCCCACUGGCUGCCCGCAGAAGUCCCACUUGUCUUAGUUCCGGGGGUAGCUUUUUCGUGCUUCCCGUGCUUCCUUAGCGUCCCAGCUGAACAGAGUCCCAUGAGGGGCAGCAUCUGGGAGCGGAGGGCAAGAGUGGCAGCAAGGAAUGGCUUUUCCUUCUUGUGCAGGCCCCUUUUCCUCUCUCUAGAGGGAAAUUUCAAGCAAAAAUCUUACCCAUUUUCUACCCCCUCAGCCAUUUUAUGAAAAAUACACUCAAGUGGGCAUUCUUAUUUUCGGCAACCAAUGAACACGAACCAACCUUAGGCAUUAGUUUGUUGGGGCACAUGGAGAAACGUAUCUUGGAAAAUAUCUCCCAGUUCCUCCUUUCCCGGAUUUGGAGCCUCCUAGGGUUUGCUGCUGGGGUAGAUAGAUCACUAGGUUAUUUCUCAAGACUUCCUUUUGUGAGCUGGAAGACUGAUCACCCAUGAACACUGGCAGGGGCUGGGGGAAGGGGACAGAGCAGAGCGAGUUGUCCCACACUUUGGGAAGCAAGAAUAGCUUUUACCAUCUUCCUCUGGGGAGCAGGCAUAGAGACAUAAACUGAGUGAAAAUGGGUGGAGGAAGAACUUCUGCACCCACGAACAACAUGUGAAGAGUGAGAAAACCAAACAUAAAGUAAGGAGGAAAGAUUUUUCGUUCAAGAAGAAAUAAUCCAGAUAAGGAAGAACAAAUCAAGAUGUGUAGCUCUGUGGCUGCCAAGUUGUGGUUUUUGACAGAUCGUCGCAUCAGGGAAGACUAUCCUCAAAAAGAGAUCUUACGAGCUUUGAAGGCCAAGUGUUGUGAGGAGGAACUGGACUUUAGGGCUGUGGUGAUGGAUGAGGUGGUGUUGACAAUUGAGCAGGGAAACCUUGGCCUCCGGAUCAAUGGAGAACUAAUCACUACAUACCCUCAAGUGGUGGUAGUGAGAGUACCAACCCCUUGGGUACAAAGUGAUAGUGACAUCACUGUUUUACGCCAUCUAGAGAAGAUGGGAUGCCGGUUGAUGAACCGACCUCAAGCCAUCCUGAACUGUGUUAAUAAGUUCUGGACAUUUCAGGAGUUGGCUGGCCAUGGUGUUCCUCUGCCAGAUACUUUCUCUUAUGGUGGCCAUGAAAAUUUUGCUAAAAUGAUUGAUGAAGCCGAAGUACUGGAGUUCCCAAUGGUAGUGAAGAAUACGCGGGGCCAUAGAGGUAAAGCUGUUUUCUUGGCUCGAGAUAAGCACCAUUUGGCUGAUCUGAGCCAUCUUAUUCGCCAUGAAGCUCCAUACCUGUUCCAGAAGUAUGUUAAAGAGUCUCAUGGACGGGAUGUACGUGUCAUUGUUGUGGGAGGCCGUGUGGUUGGCACCAUGUUACGUUGUUCAACAGAUGGGAGGAUGCAAAGCAACUGCUCACUAGGUGGUGUGGGGAUGAUGUGCUCAUUGAGUGAACAAGGGAAGCAGCUGGCCAUCCAGGUGUCUAAUAUCCUGGGGAUGGAUGUAUGUGGCAUUGACCUGCUGAUGAAAGAUGACGGCUCCUUCUGUGUCUGCGAGGCCAAUGCAAAUGUAGGUUUCAUCGCCUUUGAUAAGGCUUGUAAUCUAGAUGUAGCUGGUGUCAUAGCGGACUAUGCCGCCUCCCUUCUACCCUCUGGCCGGCUCACUCGGCGUAUGUCCCUGCUCUCCGUGGUGUCCACGGCCAGUGAGACUAGUGAGCCGGAGCUGGGUCCCCCAGCCAGCACUGCUGUCGACAACAUGAGCGCAAGUUCCAGCUCUGUCGACAGCGACCCUGAAAGCACGGAGCGAGAGCUGCUCACCAAGCUCCCAGGGGGCCUAUUCAACAUGAACCAGCUGCUAGCCAAUGAAAUCAAACUCCUGGUGGAGUGACUCCACUAGUGAUUAACCAACAAAACCCUUGUAAAACUUAACUUUCUUUUUUUCUUUUCUUUUUUUUUUUAAACCAACUUGCAAUGCUGUUCAUGAAGGAUUCUCAGGAAGAUGGGAGAAAAUUAGUAGGAUUAGUUGGAGAGAAGGGGGAGAUAGACGAGACCUCUGCUAGUAAGAUGUUACUGAUUUUCAUUUGCAAAUUCUGCAGAAAGAGAGGCAGAAGAGGUGGAAUAUAUAAAAAUUUCAGGCUCUUGUAGUUACCCUUUUAAAUUACUGAAAAGUUUCUAUGCUUGUGGGCCUUGAGGACCAUACAUAUAUUUUUGCAUGGUCCUUUGCUUUUGUUUUUGUACAAAUAGUUGUUUUGGUACAAAUAUCUGAGUAGCACAACUUCAUAUUGUAUUGUAAGAUUUGUAAUGUGUGAGGAAAAGGUCUGCUUAAAUUACACAAAUUUUUUUACGUAAACAAAUUUGAAAAUUUUGCCAUUUUCCUAUCAACUAACAGCUGUAGUUCAUCCAGGGGCUCUUUUACUUCUUAUUUUUGUGUUUUCUCAUUGAUUUUUUUUUUUUUCCCCUCUCUUACUAUGGCUAGGGGAGGACAAAGUAAAUAUAACCCCAUAAAGCCUUUUCAAUGACAAAAUUGGCAUGUUUGCAUGAUGAAAGGAAAAUGAACAGUAUUGCAAUGUCUGGUAUACAAAAUAACAUUUACUCAAUGUAGAUAAAAUUACACUAGUUUAAAAUAUGUGCAUUGACUUGUAUUUGUUAGUGUUUUAGUCUUUUUUGAAAGAUAUAUGCUCUGUUAAUGUUGCUUUUUUUUUUUAAAUACAUGCUAGUCUAACAUUCCCUGCUCUAUGCCUGCAUCUUUAACAAUGGCCAAAGUGAAGAAAAUGCUACCUUUUUUGUUAACAAGACACUGACUUGAAACAUGUACAUUUAAAACCUUUUAUUUUUCCCUUUUUCUUUUGUUGGUUGGGCAUUUAAAGAAUAAGAACAAGGAAAAAAUACUUUUUGGGGGGGGCAAAUCAAGGGCCUAUAAGUUCUUAAGUAUAAAGCUGAAGUGAUUUCUAAUGCCAGCGUUAUAUAUUUGCAUUUUUUACAUUUUACGAGGGAGUAUAUAUGUUUGUGUGUGCACGCAUGCAUGUGUAUAUGUUUUGGGUUUUGUUUACAUCAAUUAAUCAAACAGGAUAGAUUCUAGGAAUUGGAGCAUGAUGGGAAAUACAGUUUUUGACUUUAAAAAACAGAUGAGUUGUUUUCUACUCCACUAGGGUAGAGAUCUUCACCUAAAGACAUAAGGUGAAUAGAUGCUUUUUAGGCCUAUCUGUGUAUAUGUAUGUUGUUUGUUUUUUUUGUUUGUUUCUAGACCGUUCAGUGUAUGAUUUAUUCAAGGCUACGUGCUUUUCUUUUAAAGCUUCUGGCUGUGCAUUUUUUCUUUUUACAUAUAGGAAUUGGGAUGGGGUGGGGCUGGGUAUUUUUGUUUGGGGACUUAUUUAGCAGUAUUGAGCAUCUUAUAGCCCUACUCUUAAAGCCUUCAAUACUGUCCACUCUUUAUAUUCCCUUUUGAAUUCGUAAAAGCCCCAAAACUGCAUAUAAUAUGAGCCUUUAAAACAUGGGUAAAACUAUCCCAAUGAUGGGUUUGGAUGGUAUGUUAAGAAAUGGAGAUGCUGCAGAAUUCAACGUAAUUUUUUAAACAGCAAGUUCAAUCUCCCUACAAAUCCUCUGAAGCUUUUACCCAAGCCCUUUCUUGCCUCUCCAGUGCUAUUUUCCUUCAGAUGGACCUUAAGCAUAAUUUCUUGGACACUGCUAGAGAGACUUCGAGGCAAUAAUAAAAGAUCAGUAUUAACCAGCUCUAACAGAGGUUUGAUCAUGCUUACUUGUACAGUUUUUUCCCCCGAUUUAAAAAGGAAUGUAAUAAAAUUUGUUUUUUCCAUAGAAUUAAAUACUUAAUUAAAGUUGAGUGAAAGGUUGAUUGUUGAUGAA